UAAUACAGGGCAGAGAGCAAGCAAAAGCAAAAGAUCGGGCAGGGAAAAAGUUUUUUUUUUAAGACCAACGACAAAAGUAUUUUACUAACUGCAGAAGAGGAGUUUAAAGCUGAGAAGGAAGGGAAAUCAAGGAAAACGUAACGACAACAAAGCAGAAACGACCAAAAACAUCGUUAACUACGUGUGAAAGACAAUUUUGAAAGGUUACAAUGUCUGGCUCAAGCACAAAUGGUGAACCUAAUUCAGCAACUCGAAUGACUUCUACUGUGACCAUCAAUAUCUCCACUCCUAGCUUUUACCAUCCCACCAAAAAAUUUGCUCCUGUUGCAGCACCAAAACCCAAGGGACCCACUGUAUCUAACAGCCAUGUGCCUGUGUCACCUGUUGAGCAGCCACAAUCUGGACAAGUCUCGAGUGCUGGCAGCUCAGCUCCACCAGCAGUUUUCAUGCAUCAGAGUAGUUCGAAAGCUGUGAUUGGACGAGUGGGGGAUGUACCUUUACCACCACCACCACCACCACCACCUGUUGUUGACGAUUUCCCUCCCCCUCCCCCACCCGUGGAGGACAGUGAUCUACCAACCCCACCACCCUGUUUGGAUCCAGAACUACCAAGCUUUAUGAAUGCAGCUACAAGCUUCCCUGCUCCACCUCCUCCUCCUGCUUUUGAAGAGCCUUUUCCUUCCCCUCCCCCAGCUGAGGAAACUUUCCCUUCACCACCGCCUCCACCGCCACCACCACCACCCCCACCUCCUAUGCCUUUGAGCAAUAACAAUCCUCAGAAGAUAUUUCAGAAGCAGACCAGCUUUGAUAAACAGCUCGACUCCUUAACCAGCAUGCUAUCAGAAAUGGAAAAAUCUGAUCCUUUUCGAGGCAAGUUUCCUUCUCCGAAUUCCACAAUUGGAAAUUCUUCAGCAGAGCCUGGAAGGCCUGUACCCAAAUUUUCUCCAAAGCCAGCUGUCCCACCACCAACUGCACCAAAGCCUGCUGUUGCUAACAUUCCUUUAGACAAGUCAAGCCCACCACCGUGGGCAGCAGAAAUCAAAGCUCGACAAAGCCAGGCCAAGCCAGCACAGACUUGUGUUACAGAGACUCCACCUGCUGGCGUUGGCCCUGUCCAGAAUCGUUUCUCACCUGCUCAGGCUGCCGGUGAGGCCAGAGCACGGUUUAACACACCUCCUAUCAAUCAGAGCCCACAGUCCAACAUUGGCCAGAGUCAGGCUCGUUUUACCACACCUCCAGUUGUGAAGCAAGCUCCUGCAUCCCAUCCAGGCCCAGGUUCCCAGGCUCGUUUUACCACACCUCCAGUUGUGAAGCAAGCUCCUGCAUCCCAUCCAGGCCCAGGUUCCCAGGCUCAUUUUACAACGCCUCCAGUUAUUAAACAGGCUCCUCCUCCUCAUUCUGGUAACCCUCAGCAAGCUCCGUCAAUCUCCUCUCCAGCUACAAGUCAUGCUUCUCAAGGCCAAUCAUUACCUUCGGUAGGACAUACUUUCCAGACUCGUAUUAAUCCUCCAAACACUGCUGGUGAUUCAGGAAAGGUGGAGACAGGAUUAGCACCAUCUAUUCAGAAUAGACCAAUUGGAGGCAAAAGCCAAAAGGAUUCAGACUCUGGUGUACCUCUCACCAUGAAGGAGGUAGAAGAGUUGGAGAAAAUGACCCAGAAAUUCAUGAAAGACAUGGAUAAUCCCCCUGUUAUUCAAAGCCCAGUCACAGAUUCUUGUGGAAUGUGUGCCCAACCGCUGUCUCGCACGCAGCCUGCUGUUCGUGCCAUGGAUAAGCUGUUUCAUACGGAGUGCUUUACUUGCAUCUCCUGUCGAAGACAGCUGCAGGGUUUCCAGUUCUAUGAGGUGGAGGGCCAACCACAAUGUGAAGAUUGUUAUGUGAACACCUUGGAGAAAUGCUCUGUUUGUAAGAAGGCUAUUUCAGACCGUAUGCUGCGGGCCACAGGUGGUGUGUAUCACCCAGCUUGCUUCACUUGUGUGCAGUGUCACUGUCCUCUGGAAGGGACGCCAUUCAUCACAGAUGACGAAAAUCAGCCAUACUGUGUGAAUGAUUAUCACAGGCGCUUCUCACCUCGUUGUUGUUCAUGUGGAGAGCCCAUUAUGCCUGAAUCUGACAAGGAGGAAACUGUGCGUGUUGUUGCCCUAGAAAGGAACUUCCAUCUCAAGUGUUAUCGCUGUGAAGACUGUUCUCGCCUUUUAUCUGUGGAAGCUGACCAGGAUGGCUGUUACCCCUUGGAUAAUCGCAUUCUGUGUUUGAAGUGCCAUACGGUGCGUGCCAAGCAGGCAGCAGCUCACUGAUACAGUGCCAAAGAUAUGCUUCUUCAAUCUGGCUUAGCUCUGACUAGCUGACUGCUAUUUGCUCCUCCAGGGAAUUCGUAUAGUGUGUUGGGUGGGUGUGUACCAAAUCUCAUGUUGUGAUAUUUUUGGUCCAAAAAUAAUUGUCAUGAUUUGGACAUUUUUGGGGAGCUGUGCAAUUUUCUAGUAUCUGCAUAGAUUUUCGACGCAGAUUAUUAUGACUGUUAUUUCUUGUUUUUCCAAGGAAGGGUUUUACAAAAAAUGGAUAGGAUUAUUUCUUUUCCUUCCACUUUUUUGUGUCUCAACCCUUUUAAGUUCAUUAAGUUUCUUAAGGGCUGUUGAAAUCACUUUUGGCUCAUAAGUGAAUUUAUUUUGACAAUAAAGAUGUUUACGUGAAAUAAAAUGGUAGAGCAGGUUUCAUGACAUCCAGUCCCUAGGGACUGGGUUUUCAGAACAUCAUGCAAACAAGUAAAGUCUAAAGUUAAGUUUUCUGUUGACAGCAAUAGGAGAAAGUGCUAUUAAUUUCUAAUCUUGCUUACAGUUAAAUGAGUUCAUUAAAUGUUAACUUUGCAAUUGUUUGUUAUCAUUGCAUUCCAUUAUUUGAUCUGAUGGGGUUACUGGAGGAGCAACCAAGAUGCUUUGAAUAGCAGGUUGCCUUGUUUAUUAUCAAUUUUCCUCUUAUACACACUGCUUUUAUCUGUUAGCAUCUUAUGCAUUUCAUUUUAUAAGUGGGAAUUGUGAGUAAUACUGCUGCAGCUAAUAUAAUACAUUUAAUAAAGAUUCUGUGCAACACAAGUAUAAAAUAGCAUUGAAUGAAACCAAGUGAAAACAAUUAAAUCUUCAAUAUUUGUUUGUUUACAAAGAAGAACACUGAAUAUUCAGUUAUCUAGUUAUGAAUUUAUUUUUCAUGUUGAUGGAUUGUUUGAAUGUGUCUCUUAAUAAGAACACCACUGGGUUUGAUAUCACUUUUUUAAUUGAGUAACUGCAUAUUUGUAAUUUGAAGAUGUUACUGUAUAAUCUGCUUUGCCAAGUUAUUAAUACUGUUGGCAACACUUAAUAAAGUGAUGAAUGUGUCGUCAUGCUCA